AUGAAGCCCAUCUUCGCCCUCUGUGCCUUCGGCCUCCUUGCCAUCCAGGCUCGAGCCGCUUGCUACAAAUCCGACACUUACUGCUCUGACUGGGGAGCCAAGGUGUGCGAGUGUGAUGAAGGGUACCUGAUGGAGUGCGAGGAAUACCUCGUCUCCGAGGUGGAUGGCGAGGGCGGCGAAUCGUACGCCCUGUGGACGAGGAUCAAAAAUUGCCCCGUCCCGGCCGAUGGAGGGCUCCAGUGUGUCGAUGGGGCAUGUACCUCUUGA